GUCUUGGCUCUACCUUCACCAUGAAAUUCUGCGUGACCGUCCUCUCUCUCCUUGUGAUCGUGGCUGCCUUCUGCUCUCCAGUGCUCUCUGCACCAAUGGGCUCAGACCCUCCCACAGCCUGCUGCUUCUCUUUCACCCAGCGGAAGCUGCCUCGCAACUUUGUGACUGAUUACUAUGAGACCAGCAGCCUCUGCCCCCAGCCAGCUGUGGUAUUCCAAACCAAAAGGGGCAGGCAAGUCUGUGCCAACCCCAGUGAGCCCUGGGUUCAGGAGUACAUGGAAUACCUAGAGCUGAAUGAGGCAUGAUGUCUUCAGGAAGGGUCACCUGAGCCAGAUAGUUCUUGAUGAGUUGCACCUUAUUCUCCAUGCUAACAGCACCUCUCAGUAUUUCCUACCCCUUGACAUGGUUUAAUCCUUUGUAUGCAUUUUGUUAUUGUCUUCAGUAUUAUUUUUAUUAUUUAUGUUUGACCAAAGAAUGUCUCCUAUGGGGAUGGUCCAUCAUCACUGUUCUCUGCUAUUGUGGA